AGGCUUGACACUAGUAGGACUGACAUAAUUCGAGACUCGACAGGAGUUAAAUUAAAAUUAAAUUAGUUUGAUUUUUUAUUUUGGAUUGUCGUCUGUGUCUCUUGGACUUGGCUAGUACCUUUAGUUUUGUAAUAAAUACAAUUCGGUUUUUUUUAUUAGCCUAGCCACUGUCGAAUAAAUCCUAGAGUUGCAGCUAAUUCUAAACUCACAGCAACGACUGUUUAUUCACUGAGGCUUAGGCCUAUCUAUGAUGAACUCAUGGGAGGAAAGGCAAAGAAGCACGCUACUAGAUGGACGAAGAGCUUUAGAACGGACAUCCGAGAGUCUUGCACGAUCAGAAAGGACAGCAUUAGAGACGGAAGCGAUCGGGGUUGAAGUUGUCUCGAAUCUCGGUACACAGAGGGAAACAUUGGAACGAGCGAGAAACCGUCUUGAGGACAUUGAUCAGGGGUUGAGCCGUACCCAGUCUAUCCUAAACACCAUGAAUCGACGAGUGUUGACCAACAAACUUUUGUUAAUUUUAAUAAUCGUCAGUGAAUGUGGUAUUCUUGCCUCAUUGGUUUACUUGAAAUUCAUCAAACAUUGAGCUUAAUAAAGCGUUUUCUACCUCAAAUUGAUUUGUACAUACAAGUUUGCAAUGAUAUGUUGUAAAUCAUAUCUAAACUGAAUACUCAGUUACCAAAGACAUAAUAUAUGUAUACCUAAGUAUAGUUCCCUCGAGAAAGACUAGUAUCUUAUUUCAUUAUUCAACAAAAUGACAGAACAAUUUGGUCAAGAUAUGCUCGUAAAAGCUGUUGCACAAAUUUGCCAAAUGGUGGGCUUUAAAAAAACUAUGACUUGUCCUUUGUACACUUUGGUCGACAUUCUCAAAAUGUUUAUAUGUCGUCUUGGACAAACCGCCCAUCGAUAUGCAGAGCACUGUGGACGCUCGUCUCCAAAUUUAACCGAUCUAUCACUCGCUUUUCACGACUUUGGAGUGAGACCUACAGAUUUAGUUGAUUUUUUGGAAUAUGUCAGCCCCUUACCCCAUAGUUUACUUGUACCUAAAUACCCCGUCUCAAGAAAAACGACAAUUAUGUAUUGUUUACAAGAACAAAGUUCUACAACUAACAAAGUUAAGAAAAAUAUACCUGUCAAAUUACAUCCUGAGAUAACAAAUGAAGCAAGAAUGCCCACAGGUCCCGAAUCCUCUCUAAGCUCUCAGUGCUACGUGAAAAAAGAACCUAUUAAACUAACAAUAUCACUCAAAAAUAUAAAAACUGUGGCUAGAUCUAAAAAGAAUUCUUCGAAACGUAAAAAGAAAAAAAGAAAAACAAAAAAGUGAAACUUUUGUGUCAACAGUCUUCAAACGUACCCUUCUUCAUUUACAUAAACAUUCCAUUAAGUAUUUAUUAGGAUUUCCUUAAUUGUGUGUUUUAAUCAUACAGGUUUAGUUUAAGGAACUUAACUGUUUUUUUAAUCAUUGAACAUUUUGAGAAGAUUUUCCCGCAGUAACUUGUGUUUUCUUUUUCAGACGGAUAUUGUUUUUUGUUUCUUUUCUAUUAAGGAAAUCAGUUAAAUAUGUUAUAAGUUUUGUUUAAAAAUAAAUAUAGAUUUUUACUGAUAAAAUACAACAGAAUACUGUGUAUGUCAAAAUACUGACAUAGUACUCUUGGCAGGCAAUCCAUGCUAUUAAAUUUCCAUGCUUGUUUUGGUGUAGAAUUUUUUUUAAUACUCUUGCUGCCUCCAUUUUGGUUAAACUAUUAUGGGCCCCAUAAGUUAAAAUAGGCGAUCUGUAAAUUGUAGCCUGAUUAUUUCUUAAGAAAUGUAUUUUCUCUAAUAAUAUUGAAAUCGUCUGUAUUGUACAGUAUUCUAAAUAUUCUAGUUUCAUACUCUUGAAAUAAACAUUUUUCAUCAAA